GGCGCAGGUCGUGAUGGUGAGCUUGUACCUCGCCUACUGCUGGCUCGGUGCGUGCCUGGUGGGGGGGUUCGCUCCCAGUAUCGACAUCCCCGACACGACAACUGAGCCGCCCCCCACCACGCCAGACCCCGCCACACUCCCCUACUUCCUCCACCACCUCAACUCCACCAACGUCACCAUCAGCAGAGGAAGGACGGCGACGCUUGACUGUCAGGUCUUCAGGCUCAGAGACAGAACGGUGUCGUGGGUGAGGAGGCAAGGUGACACGAUUCACCUGUUGACCUUCGGCUCCAGCACCUACCACAGUAACGACAGAUACCAGCUGGAGUUCGUGGAGCCUAACAACUGGCAGCUAGUGAUCCAGGCGGCCGAGGAGGGAGACCAAGGUGCCUACGAGUGCCAAGUGUCCUCUCACCCCCCCAAGAUACGCAAAGUCUUCCUCUCCGUCUAUGUUCCUCGUCUGGAGAUCUAUGACGCCCGAGGAGAAGCCAUACAGGAGAAAUUCUACGAGGUUGGAUCAGGAAUCGACUUACGCUGCAACGCUUACCAUGUAGCUAAGGACGCCGUCGUGUGGUCUAGGGGCGGCGUCAAGGUGUACCACGCCCCCGACGCCGGUGUCAGUGUGGAGACGUCGUCGGGAGGGAUGGGUCCUGUGUCCUGGCUCAGGAUCAAGGCGGCCGCCACCUCCGACUCGGGUAACUACAGCUGCAGCGCUCCUGAAGCCGACACAGCCACCGUCCGCAUACAGGUCCUUGAUGGUGAGAGUUCAGCAGCCAUGCAGCACUCCACCAACUCAUCAGCCUCCAGUGCUGUCAGAGCCACUGUCCAUACUAUAAUAGUCCUCGUCAGCUUGUCUAUAGUGCUAAGUGCUAAGUGCUAGGUGCUGGGUGCUGAGUGGUAGGUGCUGGGUGCUUAGAUAUUUCGACUGUCUAGCACUUGGUAAGAGUGUUAGAUGCUGAAUGGGAGAUGCUGAGACCUAGGGUACUAGGUGGUGAUGAGUACUAGGUGCUGAGUGGUGGGUGCUGAGUACUAGCUACUGGGCAGUAAGUUCUUGGUGCUGAGGGAUACAUACGGAGUACUUGGUGCUAAAUGUUUGGUGCUGAAUGUUAAGUGUUUGAUACUGAGUACUGAGACUUGGUACUGGGUGUUGAGUACAUGGGGUUGAGUACUACAGUAGGUAUUGGUUGCAGAGAGUAGGUACUAGGUUCUAGGUGCUGGUUUCAAGAUGCUCGGUACUAGGAGGUGACUGUAAGACACCAAGUUCUGGGUACUGAUUGUUAGAUGCUGAGUGCAAAGUACUGAGUACUCUCUGUGGAAUAUAUGAUAGUGAGUGCUAGGAGAUGAGUUGCUAGGUGCUGAGUGAUAAAAGUUGAGUGCUAGUUGGUGGGGUCUUGAUGAUGUAGGCUAGAUACGGGAUGCCAAGUGCUGAGUGCUAGGUGCUGAGUACACAAUGCUGACUUUAAGGACUAAAGCAACAUGUGCUAGUGGCUGAGCGCUGAGUUCUAAAAGGUGAAUACUGUGUGUGUGUGUGUGUGUGUGUGUGUGUGUGUGUGUGUGUGUGUGU